AUGUGGUCCCCCGAGGGCAACCAGAGAUCGCAGGAGUUUUCCGUUUCCUCCUUCGGUGGUUCGGUGCCGGAGGUGGUGAAGAGGUCGCCACCGGAGGCCGAUGAAGCAGGAGGAGCCGCUGGUGUAAACGCACCAGUCAACGAGCAUGACGUUUACUGCGGCCUGCUGGGCAUGUACCCGGAAUUCCUGCAGGCGUACCGAACGCCUAUGAGUUACCUCAUUUGCAUCUGUCUCCUGGGCAUGACCCAAGGCUUCGUAGUGAACGGCCUAGUCUCCGUGGUGACGCCGACCAUCGAGAAACGGUUUCAGCUUCUGGGCAUCGAAUCUGGCCUGAUACUGAGCAUGUUCAACGUGGCGUCGUGCAUCAUGGUCAUGCCGGUGAGCUACUACGGCGGCGUGGGCCACAAGCCGGUCAUAAUGGGCGUCGGCGCGCUCGUCAUGGCGACUGGCUCGAUGGUGUUCUGCUCGCCGCACUUUCUCGCGCCGCCGUACCUGCCGUCCGACCUGGGCGCCACCGACAUAUGUCCGGAGCGAGGUCCCGGAAAGUGUGCCGGAGCCUCGGCUACCUACAGCAUCAGGAGCUACAAGUACUACUUCAUGUUGGGUCACGCGCUGCAUGGCAUCGGUUCUUCGCCAUUCUUCACACUGGGUGUGGCCUACCUGGACCAAAACACGCCGUCGGAAAAGGUGUCCCUCUACAUGGGCGUAUUCUACGCUACAUCGAUCCUGGGACCAGCGAUGGGUUUUCUGCUUGGAGCGUUUUUCCUGUCAAAAUUCACGGACAUAACGGUCGACUCCUCAGAGCUAGGCAUAUCAUCUACAAGCAACAACUGGGUGGGCGCCUGGUGGCUUGGAUUCUUCGGAGCCUCCAUCGUCACCUUCUUCACCGGCCUCCCCAUGUCCUGCUUCCCCAGAUUCCUGCCAACUGCUCAGCAGAGAGAGAAGGACCUCUCAGAGAUACAGAGGAAGAAGAGACAGAAUUCGAAGAAAUCCCUUACUGUACCAGUGGUAGCCCCGAGUGUGGAACCAGCCAUAGCGGCACCAGAUGGCCAGGUUUAUUUCAACCCAGACCCCGAUCAUGCACAUGGAAGUCGCCGCGCCUCUGUGAAUCUGCCACCACCGGCCACUGGGGCUACAACAGAGGGCCAGGGGCCGCAGACCUCGCGGACCAACGGAGCGCUGACACCGGAACUUUCAAAGCGCAGCCUCAAAAACCACAUAAAGAGGCUCAGCACCAACGCCACCUUCUUGUGCCUGACAUUUGCUGCAGCCGCUGAAGGUAUGGUGGCGGUGCCCAGCGCGUGUGGUGGCACCGUUCUCGGUGGAUACGCCAUCACCAAGUUUAACAUGAAGUCGCCGACCAUCGUGCGAUACUGCGCCAUCCUGGCGCUGGUUCCGUGGUUCACGAUGUUCGCGUUCCUGCAGUCAUGUCCCAGCAGGCACAGCGCGAUCAUGAAUUCCACCGGCGCAUCUAGUGUGUAA